CACUGAUAUUCUGAGCUUCUCGUGCCGUUGCUGCUGCUACAAAAUGGCGGCUGGUGGUGAAGCUGUAAGCGGCAAUAGCCGCAGCUCUGGCGCUGUUCUUGAUUCGAAUUUAGACCGGCGUUUUCAAGGCGUUUCAAACACAAUGGAGUCUAUUCAAGGAUUAUCCACUUGGUGCAUUGAGAACAAGAAAUAUCACAGCGUUAUUGUGCGGUCCUGGCUGAAGUGGUUGCGAAAAUCGGAAGCUUCUCACAGGCUCAAUCUCUUCUACCUGGCUAAUGAUGUUAUUCAGAAUUGCAAGAGGAGAAAUGCUAUUGUCUACCGCACCACCUUCACUGAUGUUUUGCCCGAGGCGAUUAAACUCAUCAGUACUGUGAAAGACUCUAAGGUGCGGAAAUCGGUGGAUAGGAUCCUGUGCAUCUGGGAAGAGAGAAAUGUUUACUCACAAGAGCUUAUUAACCAGCUUAAAGGUGGUCUCAUCCAGCAAGAAGAACCACCAGCUCCCAUAAACCCAAAAGCUGCACUGAGAUCCAAGAUAGUUGCUGAGUUUUUGCCCUCAGCGUUUAUUGAGCAUCUCACCAAGUACAGGAACUCCAUGGAUGAGAUUGAACUCAGAGAGAAGCAGCUAGCUGCAAUGAGAGUGGAUGUCUGCAGCACAGUAGCUCUGAAGAAACUCAAAGAUAAAGCAGGUGGCAAACGUUUUUCUAAAGAUUUUGAAGACGGUAGUGCAAAACUGCAGGACUUUGUAGCCUUUCUGGAUGAAGAAGUGAAAAAAGGACCUCCUCUGAUUGAGGCUCUGGAGAAUGCUGACAUUUUCUAUGAGAUGCAGUACAAAGAGGUCAAGAUUGUGACCAAUGCCUAUCAGACUUUUGCCAACCGAGUGUUGCAUCUCAAGAAGAAACUGGAUGCACUCAAAGCUUCUUUACCUGACCCAAAUGACUCACCAAUCCCUUCUCCUUCUGAGGAUGCUCCAUCCCCCACGGGUUCUGAGUCACCCUUCCAUGGCUUAACCCAAAUUAGUACCCCAGACCCAGAGCUGGAUGGUCAGGCAAUGGAGGAGGACCUGAUCGCUAUAGGUGAUGCUCCUAGUCCACUCUCAUCCCCUGGGGACAAAGACAACCGUGAUGUAGAAGACAUGGAACUCUCAGAUGUUGAGGAGUUAGUAGAACCAGAGAUCAUCGUAGAAGAAAGAACAGAGCAACCUGUCCCUGAUAGUGUGUCCAGUCAGACCCUGGCUCUUAGUGUCACUGAACCAUCUCAAAUCAGUCAGGCUGCGGUGGAGGAUGAAACCACAACUCCAACCACAACCCCAACAACAGGGACUCUUCCCAUGAAUCUGGCUGGUGUGGAUUUGGGCAAAAUCAGCUCUAUUAUUAGCACGCUCACAAAUGUCAUGAAGAACACUGCUACAGGAGUAAGCCCACCAUUUCGAUCAUCCACCAGUACUUCAAGCAGUCUUUCUUCAACCAGUUCAACACUCAAGAGCCCCACAGUCUCUUCCUUGCCAGCUGUUCCUGCAUCUAACUCGCUGGCCAAAAUACUAUCCAAGGUGGACAUCAGCCCGAGCACCCUGCUAAACGUCUUGUCUAAAACCCAAGGACAGGGGAUGGGCUUUCAGGGACUGUCUUCCUUCCUGAACAAUCAGACAACAGUAAACUCCACUCCUUCAGACUCACAUUUGGACCCAUCCCCAGACCCCACUCAUAAAACCCAUGCCUCUCCCAAUACCAAUCCCGUGCCACCUGCUCUUACGGUGAUGAGCAGCUCUACCGCUCAGACAGAUGUGAUGCUCCAGUCUUCUCUAUCUCCCACCACUAUUCAGACCAGAGAUCUUCAGAAUGAAGCAGAGGAAGACAUAGAACAGCCAGUUAUUUCUGUCACCUCUACAUUGGACUCCAAAAUUGAUGGUUUCCUUCAGGGGAAUCCAGGGUUGAGAGGCUUAAGUAUGGGUUUCCCACCUGUUCUUCCCUGGACUAAAGCUGUUGAUAGUCCUUCAGCGAGCACAGAAAACCUAGGGGGAACUCCUGUGAGGGAUGAGUCUGGUGCAACACCAACUCAAGAUGAGGUCAUGGAUGAACCUGCAGUACAGCCAUUCUUGUAUCAAGGAAGACCUCUGCAAACGGCUUCAACAGCUGCUUCUGCACUUGUAGCGGUCAGUGGACUGCCCGUGUCCACGUACGCUAAUGAUUCCUGGCAAGAGCAGAACAGGCACAUUGUGCAAUAUGGCCCUGGGUUACAGCAUAGCGGAAAUCGCUACCAGAGGAACUUUACAGUAAAACAAGAAUUCCCAAGUUCAGGGAUACCGCUUAUAGAAACGGGGCAUCCUCAGCAUGCUGAAUCGUCAAUGGCAGACAAGAAUCAGAACUCAAAUAAAAAUAAUGAGACCCUGGAGCGAAUAAGUGUCGAAACACCAUUGUCCAAUACUGGAGCAGACAAUACUAGCUUGGCAAAUGAUGGCUGGUAUUGUGAUGCUCGUGGACAUGAUCAAAAGCAGCGUGCUGGUACCAGCUCUGAAUUAUAUAAAGGAAAACCGCACCAAUCUGAGGAACAUGGACAUGAUACCAGUCCUGCACCUUUCUUCAACACCCCAUUACCACCCCCUCCACCAAUCCCUAAGCUUCCACCUCCUCCUCCUCAGGACUUUCUCCCUCCAGUGGGAGGUGGAAUCAAAGAUCCUGUUAAGCUGACAAAUAUUGCCGACAAUGCACAGGCUGGCGGUGAUAUCCCGGUGUAUCUCUCAACAAAUGCCGUUCCUCAUGAUGAUUAUGAUGAACGUCUCCUCAAUCGGAUCCCAGUCAAAGAGCCUUUACGUCCCCAUCUGAGCAUGCCAGGGCCUCAGCAUUGUGCAGUUGCACCACAUCCUGUUCGUCUGGGCCCCCGGAAUGGCCCUGUGGACUUGAAUCAUCGUCCCAGAAUCCCUGUACACAAUCAGCAGCGCCCUGUUAUGCCCCGUCCAAGUCCCCCAUCUACUGUACAGGAGUACUGUGAGGCUCCUAGUCCUUCACAUGCUCUAUCUGAGGAUGCCUAUGUGGACCCACACUGUGAUGUGCCCCCUUGCAGCUCUCCUCCGCCUCAUACGCUCCCAUUUUAUCCUGAAGAGAGAGCUUUACCACUGCACCAUCCAGAACCUAGAUUACGUCCUCGAUUCGAGCAUAGGACUCCUCCACCGCAUCACUAUCGUCCUCCACGGCCUGGUCACUACCCACCACAGAGACCUCUCCAUCGUCCUCCGCCACCACGUAUUCCUCAUCCCAGUGAGCCACUAUUCCAGAGAGGGAAGAGACAUGGUCCUCCUUUUGGAGGCCCUCCAAGACCUGCAGGUCCGUUUUAUCCUCCGAAAAGACCUUUUCUGCCACCACGGUACUGAACUGUUAGCACAUCCAAAUGCUAAAGAACAAGAUUUACGUGCUGACAACCAUGCAGCGCCAAGCUUCCACUAGGCUUCAUUAGAUUACACUCUGAAUAUCUACUCUGACUAUUUACUCUGACAGUCAGUCCAUGUAUGAAAGAACCCUGUGGUCUCGUGCAGUUUGAGGGUCUGUGCUCUGUCCUGAAUUGCAGAAAGAGCUUUGAUCUUUGCAUGGGCUGUGAAGGGGCGUGGCUGUGUCAUCAUGUAACGAGAGCCAAGUCAGCAAGAGAAUGGAGGAGAAAAAGAUGGCUGAAGUAGAAGAAUGAAGAGAAUUGCUACAGGAAUCCUGGAGAGAAGAUGGAUCAUGCAGGUGGAGCAGCCAUGAAAAUGCAAGCUAAAGAGAAAAUGAGGUGGUUAUACUUUUAUUUGAUUGUUCUUUGCCAUUUAUUUUUAUUCACAGUUCUAAGCCAGUGUUUGGAAUGGUUUGAUUCUAGUCCUCCAUCCUUCCUUUGUGUGUUUGCGUGAGCACUUGUGUGAAUGUAUGCCUGUCUUUGGGUCUGUGCCUGAACAGGUGUAUCUAUCCGUCUAUACCAGAAGUGCACAUCAUCUGCUCUUGGAAAGCAGUUUGCGGUUUCCCCUGCAUAGAUCCAGCUCAUCCAUUUCAUCAGUUACUUACAGGGAACUAAGUAGGCAGGGAAAUUGUUAAACUGUGCUUAAUUUUAAGAUAUCCAGAGCAGAUGAUGUGCAGGGCUGGUCUAAACUAUUUGCAUUUAAAAAAAAAAAUUUAACUGUGAUUUUUCUGUUUAAAUUUGUUUCACUUGCUCAUAUGUUUUGUACAUGAAUUAAACCUGGAUGUACAGUUGCUUUGAGUAGACUAAUUUCUACUUGGGUAACAGGCAAACUGUAAUCCAUUGAGUCUCAACCUAAAGUUUUGGCGAUUUGACAUGUGUUCCAUGUCAAUAUCAUCGUUUAAGUACAUCGUUUACCGCCGUUCAAGUUUUGGGAUCGCCUUUCGAGAGUUCGGGACAUGCUGAGCGAGCCGUGUGAGUGAGGGGUGUGUGUGUGUGUGUUUGGUAGGAGUGGAGUUUAAAGGAAUAAUCAAAUUUUCUACACUGAAUGAAGAUGCUGAAGAGAAGAACUUAUUCUGUCGUGGAGCCUGAAUCAACAUUUACCCCCAUUCUCCAGUUCCUCUAGCGUCAUCACUGUACUGACUUCAAUAAAAAUGUUUUUGGGAAAAAAAA